AGUAUAUACUACCUUUCUUCACCAAUUAUGAAAGCUCUCCUCCUCCAACAUAUCGCCAUCUUCAACCUCCAAUCUUCAAAUCAAAUGAAAUAUUUCGUUCACCUAACAAUUGUUUCCUUAUUUGUAGAAUAGGGACGAUCCGGCUGGCCAUCUUAGUUAGAUGGGUUAUCUUUCAUGUACAGCCGAUUCAGCAGUUUCGAUCUCAGAUUCCAAAAAGAAGAAGACCACUCUUCACAAGAAGAACAAAAUCAGCAGUCACGAAGAUUCACAGAAGCCCCUCUAUUUCAUUCAGCAAUUCAGCUACAGCGAUCUCGAAGCCGCCACCAAUGGCUUCUCCGAAAAGAAGCUCCUUGGUAGGGGCAGCCAUGGCCUCGUCUACAAAGGCGUCCUCCCCGGCGGCCGUUUAGUAGCCGUCAAGAAAUCUUCCAGGCCUUCCACUCCGAGGAGGCUUUCUUCUUCGUCUUCAUCAUCAUCCUCAAACACCAACGAAGUUGAGAACGAAAUCGAUAUCCUGUCCAGAUUACAAAGCCCAAGAUUGGUAAAUCUCCUUGGUUUCACCACUGGUGACACUCAGGAACGCCUUCUGGUUGUGGAGUUUAUGUCCAAUGGGACUCUAUAUGAUGCCCUACACACCUACCCUCGUCCGCCAAGUUGGGGCCGAAGGGUCAAGAUGGCUCUGCAAACCGCAAAAGCCAUCCACACCCUUCAUACCUUGACCCCUCCGGUUAUCCAUCGCGACAUUAAGUCCGCGAACGUGUUGAUAGACCGAAACUCCAAUGCCCGAUUGGGCGAUUUCGGGUUGGCCCUGAGAUGCCACAAUGAUGACUAUAGGCUUAGGUCUACCCCGCCAGCAGGCACAAUGGGUUAUCUUGAUCCGGGCUAUGUGACCCCUGAUAAUUUAAGCACAAAGACUGAUGUUUUCAGCUUCGGGAUAUUGCUGUUGGAGAUGAUUAGUGGGAGGAAGGCGAUCGAUGUGGCUUACUCCCCCCCUUAUAUUGUUGAAUGGGCCGUCCCUUUGGUUAGGAGAGGGAAGCUGUUGGCACUGUAUGACCCUAGGAUCCAACCUCCCAAAGAUCCCAUGGUAAGGAAGCAAUUGGCGGUCGUGGCUACAAAAUGUGUUAGGUCUUGUAGGGAAAGGAGGCCAAGUAUGGAGGAGGUUGUGGAAUGUUUGAGCGAGUUGAGUAAGUCAGUCCCACUUCAUUCCUGGAAUGGUCUUACCAAUCCGUGUUUGUUGGCUGAAACUGUAGGGGAGAGGCUGCCCAUUGAGGGGUCACGAAAUGGAUCGCCUGUGUCUGGUGAAGAUUGGAGCUUUAAUGCUAAGAAAGUCACAUAUAAGCCGUUGUGGGGUUCACGGAGAGUUUAUUCCGAUUUGGGAUCUCGGAACAAUUUGAUGGAUUUAAUGGCAGGAAGUGAAACUGGCCAGCCCGGUGAUCAAUGAUCUAACUUCUUGUGGCUAUUUAUUUGUAGUGAUCAUAUUGUUCUAGUUAGAUUGUUAUUGCAACUAUUUGAACUCUUGUUUGCUCAUUUUCAGAUUGUAUUAUCUGUUCGUUGGGCUACAUUAAUAAACAUAAAUAGUGUUUUGUGUUAAAAACAGUACAUACUAUAGUUAUAAUAAGUUAAUGUAAUUAUAUAUAAUUAAUGUAAGUAAUAAGAUAUACACACACACACACACACAUAAAUGGGAGGGUUUAAAUGCAAAGAGGUCUUCCCAUGCAAAGUGAGAAUAAAUCUUGUGCAUUCAUUUCCAUAUCUAAUGGCUCAAAAAGAGUCAUCAAUGUACUAGAUUUGAUCUUUUGGAGCUUUUGAAAGCAAAGGAUAAGCAAAAAGAUUAGUGCUUUAACACCCAUUCCUUCAAUUCUUCUUGGAGAUGCUCUAAGUAUAUGAUCUUUUUCUUUUGAAAACAAAGGAUAAGCACCCAUUUUCUGCCAAGCUAAUAGAUUCUUAAGGCUUCCAGCAGAAAAUGCAUUCAAAGAUUUUCACCAAAUUUAUGGUUUUCAAAUAGAGAACUACCUGCUGGAGCUUUUGAAAGCAAAGGAUAACCAAAAAGAUUAGUGCUUUAACACCCAUUCCUUCAAUUCUUCUUUUAAAAGUGAGACUUUCACCCCCUUCCCCCUUUAUUUUUUUUCCAUGCAGGUGUUUAUAUCUUGUUCUUUUUGUUUUUUGGCUACCUGUCCUAAAUUUGGAAUUACUUUUUCAAGAAUUCAACUUGCUUAGCAAAUUUGGCUUUGAUACAGGCAUCCAGCCCUUAUUCUGACUUUCUUGAAUAUAUGUCUUCUUUAUAUGCCAUGUAUCUGACCAAUAUUAGGCUUUAUAGAUUCAUAACCUCUUGGAUUUUAUUUUGUAAUGUUAAAAAAAGUGUUUUUUACUUUUUUGCAACUAUCUUGUCAAAAGGUUCAACUUAAAAUGAUGAAGAAUUCAGUGUCAGACAACAGCUUCUACAUAGACAGUGAGGAUGAGGUGAGAGAGGAUGGGAAAUGUGAAGUUGGCAAUGAAUCUGAUGUUUUUUCAAAUUACUGCAAUGAUAAUGAUGUUUAUGAUCACCACCAGAGCAAACCCCCUUCAACAAUGCUUGGCCUCAAAGUUACAGGCAUUGAUAGAUUUGCUGCCUGUUUCCAGUGAAGAUCAGUUCGACGGGGUUGUCUCCGAUGAAGCAGUAAUCGUUCGAUGUCAACGAUUUUACAGUGUGGAUGUUAAUAAUGUUCCACACAAGCUUGUUGUUCGUGCUGGCGUCACUAAAAUGCCGACAACCCAGGUAAUUCAUUUUGGAAGGAAAUUGAUAGAUCUUGAACAACAUAUAUGCGAUUGAUACAAGACUAAAACAGCUGUGGAAGGAUGGGAAGAAGCAAGGUGAGGUGAUUGGUGGGCACAAAGCACAUUUGGUUGUUAAUGAAGUCAGGGAAAUGAUUGAAAGUGAAACUAAUUCUUGGUGAUCUCUGAAGCAUGAUAACUCCAUAAAGCUCACAUUUUGCCGUUUCAGAACUCAGAAACUUCAAAUUCUCAUUUCUGUGCCGCUUCCUUAUCUAUAUUCUAUAAUUGUAAAGAAUUGGGUAAUAUGUUUCCCUAUUUAAUUUACACUUUACAAACAUUGGGUCUCCUUUUUUAAUGUGGUUUUUAAUGGAACUUAGUGUCUCUCAUGUGGUUCAUUGAUGGACUCUUGUAUGUAAUUUUCAUAGUAACACGGUCUUUGUGAAAUCGAGUAGCUGGAUGCCCA